CUCGCCUUCCGAGAGCUAGUACAACACAGAUCACCGCAGCGCAGCCGCACAUACACCCGCCUUCGUAGCCCAAGCCUACAUCUGACACCAACAGAAGAGAAGGGCCGGCCAUGUCGAGCUCAAAGCGCCUUGCCAAGGAACUGGCCGACCUGACAAAGGAGCCACUUGAUGGAAUCUCGGUCGAGGCCAGCGAAGAGAACCUGUACAAGUGGAAUGCACGAAUCCAAGGCCCAAGCUCGACGCCGUACCAGGGGGGCACCUUUGAGGUUGCCAUUGACUUUCCCAUCGAGUACCCCUUCAAAGGACCCAAGCUCCGCUUCCUCACGCCCGUCUACCACCCAAACGUCGACAAGGACGGGAAUAUGUGCGUGGGCGUCAUCAAGGCCGAGGCGUGGAAGCCCAGCACCAAGGCCUCCACAAUCCUCUUGGCGGUCAGUCAGUUGUUGGCGGAGCCCAACCCGGACGAUGCCCUCGUGACGGAGCUCGCCGACGAAUACACCAACCGCCGAGCUGAAUUUGAGAAGCAUGCCAAGGAACACACCCAAAAGCACGCAAAAAAGUAGAGCAGUAAUCACACAUUCAUACGAAGCAAGCCAUCUAUCUGCCCACUUAAAAGGCAAGAAAACUCAGAGAGCAAGAAGUUCCAUUAUCAAUCAUCGUCGUCGUCAUCAACAUCAUCC